AUGGCCACUUCGUAUAGUGAUUCACCUUCAUCUCCAUACAACGAAGACUCUACAGAGGAGACAAAGCAGGAACGUGCAGCUAUUGAAGAGAAAAUUAUAAAUGAAGAGUAUAAAAUCUGGAAGAAGAAUUCACCAUUUCUUUAUGAUUUGGUCAUUACUCACGCUCUUGUAUGGCCAACCUUAACGUGUCAGUGGUUUCAAGAUAUUGAUAGGUAUACUAUUUUUAGAAUUCCUCGGCCCGAAGGAAAAGAUUACACCAUUCAGCGCUUAUUAAUUGGUACGCACACAUCAGAUAACGACCAAAAUUACGUUGAAAUCGCGCAUAUUCAACUUCCAAAAAACGAUGUCAACGUUGAUCCUCGAAAAUUUGAUGAAGAGAAAGGAGUAGAAAUAGGAGGUUAUGGAGGUACCACUGAAAGUAGAAUUAAGGUCGUUCAAAAAAUCAAGCAUGAAGGUGAAGUCAAUAGAGCACGGUAUAUGCCUCAAAAGCAAGACAUAAUCGCCACGAAGACAGUUUCAGGAGAUGUUUAUAUAUUCGACCGUACAAAGCAUCCAUUAAAGCCUCUGUCCGAUGGUGGUUGUCAACCUGAACUGAAAUUGCGAGGUCAUGUAAAAGAAGGAUACGGAUUAUCGUGGAACCCGUUAAAAGAAGGCCAUAUAUUAGACGCAUCCGAGGAUACCACGAUUUGCCAUUGGGACAUUACCGGGUGUACUAAGGAAACGCGAACGAUGGAACCAUUCCGUAUUUAUCGAGGCCAUGAAGCAUUUGUUGAGGAUGUUGCAUGGCAUAUACUAGACGAACAUCUAUUUGCUUCAGUCGGUGAUGAUCAAAAAUUGCUCAUUUGGGAUACACGUUCAGAUAAGGCUGAUAAGCCCGCCCAUUCGGUUAUUGCACAUCCAAGUGAAGUUAACACUUUGGCAUGGAAUCCAAUGAAUGAAAAUAUUUUAACUCUUAACCUGUGGGAUCUUCGUAACCUCAAAAUUAAACUACAUACGCUAGUGCAUCAUCAAGGAGAAGUCUUACAAGUUGAAUGGUCACCGCAUGACGAAACUAUUCUAGCCUCCGCUGGAGGGGAUAGAAGGGUAAAUAUAUGGGAUCUAAGUAGAAUUGGUGCAGAGCAAACGGCAGAAGAUGCUGACGAAGGACCUCCGGAAUUAUUGUUUAUGCAUGGUGGGCAUACUAAUAAAAUAUCCGAUUUCAGUUGGAAUCCUCAUAUGCCUUGGGUGAUUUCUAGUACUGCUGAAGAUAAUAUAAUUCAAGUUUGGCAACCGGCUGCAAACAUUUAUUCUAUUGAUGAUAGAGAUAUUCCCCCUGAAGAAUUGGAGGAUUAA